AUGGUCGUCCCUCUGCUGGCGGAGGGCUUUGGAAGAGGUAUCAGCAAUAUCCCGCACCUUUUCACGAUCGCGAAAUCCACCGCGAUCAUUGGCGUGGUAUACGUACUCAAGACCUAUUUCGGUGGAGCAAAAUGUCUCUCCGAGCGGAACAUGCAUGGGAAGGUGGUAGUAAUUACGGGAGGAGCUUCAGGCAUCGGCGCACAAACCACGAAAGAGCUGGCCAGUCGAGGAGCACAGAUCAUCUUACUCACCCACCACGAACCAUCCGACCCGUUCCUGGUAGACUACAUCGAUGACCUAAGAACUCAGUGUAACAACGAGCUGAUAUACGCCGAGCAAGUCGACCUAUCUUCUUUACAUUCGAUCCGUAUGUUUGCCACGAAAUGGGUAGACAAUGCUCCUCCACGAAGAUUAGACACCAUCGUCUUGUGCGCGAACGUGAUGACACCUAAAUGGGGCAAGAGCAGGACUACCGUAGAUGGUGUCGAAGAAGAAUGGAUGGUCAAUUACCUUUCCACCUACCAUUUGUUGAGCAUCCUUUCGCCUGCUAUUCGAGCACAGCCACCAGAUCGAGACGUGCGAAUUCUAUUCAGCACAUGCAGUAGCUACAUUGGAGGCACUCUUGAUCUGAGCAACACAGAGACAAAAGCCAAAUCAGGAAGUUGGGCUCAUUCAAGAACAAAGUUGGCUGUCAUGAACUUUGCCCACGCUUUUCAAAAGCAUCUCGAUGCAUAUGAGCGACCUGAUAAGCAGCCAGGUAAUGCUCGAGCUCUUGUGGUUGAUCCUGGCUACUCUCGUACUCCUGGAAUGCGAAGGUGGCUGACCGGUGGCUCAUUGAUUGGACUCUUGCUCUACCUGCUAACGUGGCCUAUAUGGUGGCUCAUUCUCAAGUCACCUGUUCAAGGCGCUCAAAGCUUUCUCUUCGCAGUCAUGGACCCUCAAUAUGGUCAGGGCCUAGGUGGAAAAUACAUCAAGGAAUGCCGUGAAAUCGAACCAUUGAGACCGGAGGUCAGAGAUGAGGUAAUAGCUGGAACGCUGUGGGAAUUUUCCGAAAAGCAGAUCGAGCGACUUGAGAAACAGGGUGCCGUUCAACGUGCGUUGGAGAAGAAGGAGAAAGAGAACGCAGCCAAGCAGGGUGUUAAGACGACCGAUGCAGGCAGCAAUGGAACAGCCAAUGGGAAUACAGGUGAUGCAAGCCACAAACAGCAGACAGCAGGUUCGAGGAGGAACAAGAAGCAGAAGAGCUGA